GAAUUGCGUAGAUCCCAUGUGUAUAUCAUACACAUACACACACACAAGUUUACAUGCAUAUAUUUAAAGAUGAAUGUACCAUAAUUACGCGCCGUCGAAAUUAAGAAAAACGCAAAAGCUUAUAAAUAGUGCCAUGCCAAAUUAAAUAUGACUGCAGAACAAACGACAAAUGUGUGUAAAAUGUCAUUGUUAUUUAACGAGCUGCAGCACACCAAGCAGAAAAUAUAAACUCCUUUGCAUUCUACUACACAUGUGUACAUAGAAAUCUCCAGCACAUACAAAUAAAAAGAAGAAAAUAAAACAAAAAGUAGAAAAAUCGAAAAUAAACUGAAAGCUCAGUCGAAAGUUCAUUGAAAUAAAAUCAAAACGAAAUAUUCGGAAGAGUGCACCGCUAAAAAGGGAAGGGGGAACGGCGCCUAUCGACGAGUGGACGUGAAGACGUCGCUGCUGCUGCUGACUCUGCCGCUGCUGCUGCUAAAUAAUGAGUCGUCAUGAAGGUGUGAGCUGCGAUUCAUGUCUAAAAAGUAACUUCAGUGGACGUCGCUAUAAGUGUUUAAUCUGUUAUGAUUAUGAUCUAUGCGCCGAUUGCUAUGAGGAUGGCGUCACCUCCACUCGUCACUUGGUCGAGCAUCCAAUGCAAUGCAUUCUCACCCGUUCCGAUAUCGAAUUGUAUUUUGGCGGCGAGAUGCUAACAACGGAUCAGCCGCAAUCAUUUACGUGUCCUUAUUGCAAAAAGAUGGGAUUCAGUGAUGCCACCUUGUUGGAGCAUGUCUCCGCUGAGCACACGGAAACCAGCCUGGAGGUGGUCUGUCCCGUUUGUGCCGGAUUGCCGGGCGGUGAGCCGAAUCUAGUCACAGAUGAUUUUGCUGGUCAUCUAACAUUGGAGCAUCGGCAAGGACCACGAGAGCUAAUCUCAUUUCUGGACGAGCCCUCGGCCAUACGCCAUGGCGGUGGAGUGCGUCGCAUACCUGGACGCACUUUGGGCGGUCCGCGAACACGUCGCUCCAAUAUGCACUUUAGCUCGUCGAGCGGUCUCUCGGCCUUGUCGCCAUCGGGCCGUGAAUCUGUCGAUCCCAUUGCUGAGCUGCUUUCACAGCUGUCCGGCGUUAGACGUGGCGUUCCACCAACAUCGCAAUUGCAACAAUUGCAAAUGCAAAUGCAAAUGGAUCGGCAACAGGCCACGGCAACGCGCCAAAUUGAUCGGCUGCCAAGACGCACGCAUCCCAUAGUCUCAACAUCGAAUUCGAAUGCCACCAUGGCCGAAGUGAUUAGCGGCGGCGGCGGCAGCAGCGGUGCAGUUGGCAGCGGUGGCAUGAGUGGUGCCAGUGGUGUGAGUGCACCGCCUAAUCUGCGCACCACCGAAUGGCCGGUGGGGGCGAGCUUCUCAUCGGCCAGCAACCAUCAACAGCAGACGCAGUCGAGCAGCCUGGCCGCCACAACACUCAACGCCAGAGAAGCGGUCGGCAAUAGUUGCAUUGGCAGCGGCAGCGGUAGCAAUAAUGCGCUCGGCAUUAGUGUCGGUCCUGGUUGCGCACCAACGGCCAAUGGCGGCAGCGGCAACGGCAGUGCUGCUGGCAUCAUGUCUGGCCCAGCUGGCGGCGGCCAAGCUGCAGCUGGCGGCGAGUCAUCGCAAUCGCAGUACUUGCUGGCCAAAUUUAUGCAGCCCACGCUAACCGAUGCCGAAUGGGCGGAUGUUGAGCGCAAACGCGCCGAUCGUUCGAUGUUUGUGCAGUCGCUGUUGCUAUCGCUGCUCUGCACGGAGGAGCUGGACUUGAAUGCGAGCAAUGAUGAGGACGACGAUUGUUUGGUCAAGAGUGAUAAUGUAAAUAAGGAGCAAAAUGGUGGCGAUAGCAGCCAGCAGCAGCAGGAGGAACAGGAAACGCUGCUCAAUAACAAUGCAGAUGAGCAGCAACAGCAGCUACAGCAGCAACAGCAGCAACGUGCUGUGGUACGACAGGUGAAUCAAAUGCAACAGACGUCGCCGGAGGAUUUCGUGUGCGAUGAGUAUCGCUACAAAAACAAGAAAGCCAACAACACAACAGCAACAACACAAACGAGUGGCGGCACAGCACCAACACCAGGUGGUGGUGGAGGUAUGGGUGCAGGAGUAGGUCUUGGAGGAGGAGUAGGAGGUGGUGCAGCAGCAAGUGCUGGCGUUGCUGGCGGCAGGCCAAUAGCAGCUGAUCGAGGUGGCAUCGAGAGGCGUGGCCGGCCACAGCUAGCAGAGACUGCCACUGGCUCGCAGCAGCAGCAGCAACAAAAAUACAAACAACAAAAUGCAAAUUCGGCGUCAAACACAAAUCAAAUACCCGAUACUAGGUAGUGUCUCAGUUGCUAUUCAAGAGCAACAGUAGCAACAACAACAACAAAAACAAA